AUGUGCAAGCUCCUGGUUCUUAGAGCUCUCGAUCCUUCGAUCCUCGAGGAGUUGUGUCCUCACUGGACGACCCGACCGGUGGUGGUUGUCUCCCAGAGGCUCCCCCGUGGGGGAGGGCGGCCCAGAGAGAUUUUCCUCGGCACACCCGGCGGUCGACCGCGUGCCCGCAGAUCGGGGGGAGGCGGCGUGGCGGGGGAGGAGGAGGAGGAGGAGCUGUUUGUUCGUUUGUUUUUGGACACGGCGGUGAACGACAUCCGUCCCGCGACCAUUUUUCACGUGUUGGCGACCUCGCUCGUGCGCUUUGUCGGUGCCCACGCACACUGA